UCGGUUUUCUUUGUCAUUUUGGUCUGACGUUUUUCCAUCAUGCCUGAACCGGCUAAAUCUGCUCCUGCUCCCAAGAAGGGGUCUAAGAAGGCGGUGACCAAGGCGCAGAAGAAGGACGGUAAGAAGCGCAAGCGCAGCCGCAAGGAGAGCUACUCCGUGUACGUGUACAAGGUGCUGAAACAGGUCCACCCGGACACCGGCAUCUCGUCCAAGGCCAUGGGCAUCAUGAACUCGUUUGUGAACGACAUCUUCGAGCGCAUCGCGGGCGAGGCAUCGCGUCUGGCGCAUUACAACAAGCGCUCGACCAUCACAUCCAGGGAGAUCCAGACGGCCGUGCGCCUGCUGCUGCCUGGGGAGCUGGCCAAACACGCGGUGUCCGAGGGCACCAAGGCGGUCACCAAGUACACCAGCUCCAAGUAAAUUGUUUCUAGGAGUUGUCAAACCCAAAGGCUCUUUUCAGAGCCACUCAACUUUUCCCAAAGGGCUCUAAUGCUGGAUAUUGUUGUAAUCUCUAGGGGAAAAGUAACUGAAAAACAGGCUAUGUUAGGAAUUUGUGAUGUUUAAUUUUUAAGGAAGUUUUCUCCUUUUAGUAAUUCUCAUAACUGAGUAACUUGAUCAGCUUAAAAGAAAUGGGCUAUUUCAAUACGGAAGUGCGGACCAUUUCUAACUAGUAUAAACUAUAAGCCUUCGGAGGUUGAAGUACGACAGCUACUAACCUUUUUUCUGAGCAAUUAGCAACUUUAUUUGCCUGUUUACCUUGUAGUUAGAUGUGGCCUCUAGUUGAAUUCCUAACAAUGGGAGCAAACUUAAAUUUCCGGGCCUGGGGCAUAAUAGCCUCCCAGUAAGGCUUUACAUGCUCUAUCUCUUCCCAGGGCAAAAGUAUUUUAGAAACAACAGGCCCAAACUAACGCUAACCCCCAUGUAACCAGACUAAGACUUUAGUACAACUUUGGCUUCCCUAGAAAUGGAAUCUUUACCGUUCAACCAGAAAUGGUCUAAUCACCAGUUAGAUAAUCAGACUAACAGACCCCUGUCAUUCCCUAAAGCAGCAGUCUCCACCCUUUUUGGCGCCAGGGA